ACGAAAUACGGAAGCGUGGCGAUAACAUCAACAGGGACGAGGGAGCAUACGUGCUCCCGCACACCUGGGACACUGUUCUUCAAUGACGGGCGGGGGGGUCGGGUCGGGGAACUCUACUUCGGUUUCCUGACCCCGUUCGGCUGUUUUUAGACGACUCGCGCCGGGCAGCGGUGACAGCCGCGACUAUCAGCAAGGUAAGAGAUUUCCUCUUCAGUGAAAUAAAUCUCUUUUAUGAAAAAAAAAACAAACAAAAAAACAAAACUAAUCAUAUAAACAGUUUUUCAAAACUCUGAGAUUGAGAUUCUUUUUCAAGCCACUCUGAGACUUUGUUCAAUCAGGAAUGCGGUGUGACCGAUUUCUAAGUCAGAUGAUUUGAUCCCUUAUCGAAAUCAACAUUGGCCAGAACUUUGCCGAUAUGUCAAAUCCGCGAGUGUCGAAGUCGCGCACGAUGUCAUCCUUGCGCCGUUUGUUCACUCCACGGAGCUGUGACUCCGUUCAGUCAAGGAGUGAGCCUAAAGGCAACGUUAAAGGAGUUGGCCGAGGGGAGCUUUCCAACGGGUACGUUUGGAACCACGUAGGCGAGUCAACGACGACUCGGCAUGUCACCCGUUUCAGUUGAAGUCACGCCGAUGCACGUUUCGUCGCGUCGGUCAUGCUUUUCAUUUACAUUGCAUUGCUAAAAUCGGCUAGUCUAGCUUAAGCGAUUCCGCCGCGUCGUCGGCGUAGUCAUGCGGAGCGUUAGCUAACGGCCUAAAAAGCAGCCCGUGAGUGCAGAAAAUGUUUGCGAGUACAGCGAACGAUCAUUCAUCAGCUGCGGCGGGCUCGGGCACAUUUAAAGAGCGAUAUGAACGCACGGGGGGUGCAGGCGCCAACGCCGAGAUGAGAUCGACACGACAUUGUGUUACAUCACUUUUUUUUGUCUUCGGCAGAAUAUUCAGGCCGUAACUGCGACGCACCGUGUCUGCUAACGGAGUGACGUGAACGUGUCAUUUCAAAUGCAACUCUGUUCUGACAUGGACAAAAGGCACCUGUGACUCUUAUUUUCUUACAUAUGAGCAGAGGUGGGUAGAGGAGCCCAAUGUUCUACUUGAUUACUGUUACUUAUCAACAGUAUGACUCGAGUAAAUGUCAAAAGUUGUCAUCCAAAUAAUGACUUGCUAAAGACUAAGUAGUCACUGACAAAACGAUUCAAGUAGUGAGUAACUUCGGAUUUAUUUCUUACAUCAGAGCAUGAACGUCAAAUAAAAUAAGGGCAAAUUCAGAUAUUGCGGAACAAUAACACUUCAUCUAAAACAUAAGAACUACAAUUUUAUACAAUCAAAUAUUUGUAAAAUAAUUAGGCAAACUGGGUCUUAGGCUAAACUAGUUCGACUUGUCAAACAGCAAAAUACUGUAGGCUCACCAGGCAGAUUACAAAAACAGGAACAUGGCUGCAGUGGAUAUCAAAAGUCUACACACCCUGUUCAAAUGCUCGGGUUUUGUGUUGUCAAAUCCUUUUGACCACCAUAAGUCAUUGCCGUUAAUGUGACCUCCAAGUUAUACAACUCAACAGAUUUAUUUUUGUAUCUUCUUGAGAGGGGAGGUGAAAAUAAACAACUGAAAUAUUCGUGAAUGUGAUCGACUUUGACUUGACGUUUAACUUGCUACCUUCUUGGCCGGGUCACCAUUGCUCAAGAGAUGUUGUCUUUUACAGUUUUAAAUCAAACAAAAUCCGGUUGCACAAGGACGCACUCCCUCUUGUGGCUGUGUUCAGAAGUAACGCAAUACAUUCAAACUCGUUUAAUGGGAGGCCGCACGCGUCUGCCACCAUUUUGAUUUUGAAGUGAAAACAAAACAGGCCUGACGGAAACAUUUGCUUUCUCCACUAAAAUGAAGAAGCUGUGUGCUGACCAGGCUUCUUGAUAGUGCGAGAGAAGAUGCAUGUUUUACAAUUGUGCUCAAGAGUUGGUUGUUUAUAAUUGGGCCGAUGAUACACUACUCGUGCGCUCACUGUAGUCGUCUCGCCACGCUGCACUAUUUGCAUAUCUGUUGUUGACCGAUACCGGCAACAUUUGCACAAUCGACAUCGUCCCAGAUGAUCGCGCGACUCGUCACUUUAAACCGCAUGCACUCCUUGAAGUCUCGGCGCCCUUUGCACAAUGCCCAUUGGACCGGACUAUUGCUAUACGAGUCUUUCGAACUGCUCUAAGUGCUAGAGGAGUCUGCCUCCUUUGCACAAUUGUCAAAAAAUAAAUAAAUGUACCGGCAUUACCAGAUAACGAGAAACCCUUUGUGGCUCAGUGACUGUUUUUCUCAAUGUCGUUGUGUGUUCUCUGUCAAUCGACCGUCCGUCGUCGUACUCGAGCGGCUCCGCCUACCGGAGACAAAUUCCUUGUGUGUUUUUUGGACGUACUUGGCAAAUAAAGAUGAUUCUGAUUCGGAUUCGGAUCCGGAUCAUGUUGCCUGGCAUAUGCACGGCCAAAACAACGGCCAAAACAUCUGCAACAUAGCGCAAGGUGUUUUCUCAACGGCGCCUGACGCGGAAAUCGAAAACGAAAGUGUCAAAGUAGAUCACGCACGCAAUUAUUGAUAAAUGAAAGUAGCAAGCAGCAUGUAGAUUAUUGUAACGAGUAAAAGUCAAACGUAUGCUUCGAUAAAGCUACUCUGACGAGUACAAGUUAUCCCAUAUGUCACUUGAGUAAAAGUACCACGUUCUUACCCACCUCUGCAAACGAGUCGUGACUUCACGGCAAAGAAAAGAAAAGAAUGGAGUCGAGGAAAUGUGAUUGAACAGUAAAGGGCAUCAGGGCUGCAAAAAUAUUGCUUUGCCAGUAGCUGCAUUCAUUAUGUUGCUUAUGUAGUGUAUGGCCUAAAUGUUAAGUGAACCACUUAAUGUUUUUUUUGUACUUGGAAAUUUCGCAAAGUUCUAUUUUUGGAUGAUCGGGAUAAACGGUACACGGUUAAUGAUGAGUAAAAUGGAUUAAUUUCUGAGUCACGGCCGGUUUGGGCCGCCAUUGACUCGGGAUGAAAUUUUGACGUGGUCCUCUCGCAACGCAAAAGAUCGGGCCGAGGUAGCGCGUUCGAUUCCUGCGCCCGCGAAGGAACGCCUCCUCCCGCCCCAGAGCCGACCGACGUCACGUCCGCUCAUCGACUUGCGCGCGGCGACAUUCUGUGCGGAAUCCGAAACGCGCUCAGCUUUUGCUAGAAUUGCUAUGACGCAGUUCAAUUUUUACAUCUAUCGUACCUCUGCAAUUUGAAAGGAAGUUUGCUGACGUGGGUUACGAGCUCGCUUUGAAGAUUUUCGGCUUAUCGCUCACAUACCACGUGAGCGACAAAUGUACAGAUUUGGAUAGAAUAGGAAAAAAUCCAUGGGAUGUGUGAAAACUCGGAAUUCAUCUUGCGUAAUGUAUGGUCAUUUUCUUGGUUUCUAAGCCGUCUCGCUUAUGCGGUUCGUCAGAGAACGCAAAAUAUUUGUUUUGCGUACAAGAAUGCGUGAGAUAUUUUUCAGAAAGGAUAUUCUUAUUUUCCUAUUUGAAUGAGAUUAUCUCUUUCUAUAAAUUAUCGGAUGGAGCUGAUCUAAAUCCUUAUUUCUUUUCGCUCAUCCCUGGCAGAUUCAAAUGAACUCUCUGUGCCUCUUAAAUAGGCUUCAAAGGCUUCCCACAAUGUUGCGACAGAAGUUUCCUGGUUAACGACAGAGAAAUUUGAUCUUGCAAAUGAUGACAAAAUUCUUUGUCACUCAGCAACAGGUGGUUCAAUCUCCAGGUCUGCUGUGGUUUUGUUAUAUUUUGAAAGUUGAUGGUACAAGUCGGAGCGUUCGGAUCCGAAAUCACAAUAUUAUGGUACCUAGUAUCGAUAACUUGGUAACAGUUUUGCAUCGAUAAGAAAAUAACCUAUUCUGUCUUGUCAAAUAGAAUGCCUGAAUUGUUAAUAAAGGUGUUGAGAAAAAUGCUUGAGUUAUUUUUAGCUCGUUUAGCGGAAGAGGAUCUUUCGAGGUAACGCACGAUUAAAGUCUCUUCCAACAAACAAUGUUCGUCCGGGACAUAUCGGGAAUGAGUCUUAGGACUGCCCGAAAGAAUGAUGGGCUGUCUAUUUAGGCGCGUACAUGUUCAAUAAAGUCAUGGGUAGUGAGAAUCGCUCACUAAUUCCGAUUAGAUGGCUGCCAUCUAUGCCAGAUACUGUCAACGAAUGGCAGUCCUUUUGUCAUCAUAAUAGCUGUACCUCUUGACAGGGGAGGAAGAACGAUAUACGUUUCCCACCCACUGACAGCCUAAUAUGAGAUUUGUUUUAAAACAAUAUAUAUAUAUAUAUAUAUAUAUAUAUAUAGUGGGUACGGAAAGUUUUCAGACCCCCUUAAAUCUUUCACUCUGUUAUAUUGCAGCCAUUUGUUAAAAUCAUUUAAGUUCAUUUUGUUCCUCAAUGUACACACAGCACACCAUAUUGACAGAACAAAAUGCAAUUGUUGAAAUCUUUGAAAAAAGAAAAACUGAAAUAUCACACAGCCGUAAGUCUUCAGAGCCUUUGCUGUGGCACUCGUAUAUUUAAGUUUCUUCUGAUCCUCCUUGAGAUGGUUCUACAGCUUCACUGGAGUCCAGCUGUGUUCGAUUAGACUGAUUGGACUUGAUGAGGAAAGCCACGCCCCUGUCUAUCAGUAUAAGACCUUACAGCUCACAGUGCAUGUCAGAGCAAAUGAGAAUCAGGAGGUCAAAGGAACUGCCUGAAGAGCUCAGAGACAGAAUUGUGGCAAGGCACAGAUCUGGCCAAGGUUACAAAAACAAUUCUGCUGCCCUUAAGGUUCUAAGAGCACAGUGGCCUCCAUAUCCUGAAAUGGGAGACGUUUUGGGACGACCACAAGCCUUCCUAGAGUCCGGCCAAACUGAGCCAUCGGGGGAGAAGAGCCUCGGUGAGAGAGGUCAAGAAGAACCCAAAGAUCACCGUGGCUGAGCUCCAGAGAUGCGGUCGGGAGACCGAUUAGGAACAAUGAGGCAGCUGGAUAUCCCCACAUCCCCAAAACAACACCACAUUGAACUUGAUCGUCGCCAAGCUAACAACAAGUUAUGGCACGAACAAACUACAGCAUUCAAAGGGGGGGCACAUAGAAACAAACAACCAAUCGCACUCACAGUCACACCUACGGGCAAUUUAGAGUCUUCAAUCAACCUACCACGCAUGUUUCGGAAUGUGGGAGGAAACCGGAGCGCCCGAAGAAAAGCCACACAGGCACGGGGAGAACAUGCGAACUCCACACAGGCGAGGCCGGGGAUUGAACCCCGCGCCCCAGAACUGUGAGGCAGACGCUCUAACCAGUCGCCCACCGUGCCGCCAGUGUAAAUACAAUCAAAUUAAAAUAGAAUAAAGUUAGCUCAUACACUUCGCUGAAAAGGUGACUGCUAACCUCUGUUAACCAAGUAACUAGAACGCUCCAAUAACUUUGUUUGUCAAAUAUUAUAAUGACUGCUCAGUGUCACAUUGAAAAAGCCUGAAUGAACUCCCGCAAGCCAGCAUAGCGUCGGGUGGUUGCUGCGAUAGCGCUACGAUACGUGCUUGUCAAUCACAGAUUGUCACUUCCAGAUUCCGGGAGGAGUAACCCAGUGCCGAGAGCCCGUCUGGGGUCAGUGAAAGCCGCCACUAAAGCAACCUGUACCGGACACCUGCUUUCCCUCCAAGUAUCUUCCUCACUUUAGUGAACGCGGGCGGCCCUUCGCUUCGCUAUGGAAGCAGGGCAAUCCGGAAAGAAUCUCCUCUCAGGAUCACAGGCGGCAGCGGGUCGCUUUGUUUCCGCCGCCGUCGAGCCACCCGGUGAGCGCGGUCGAUGAGCGCUUCCUGCCCGAGAUAUGCUAGUCUCCGUCAUUCCGGGACCCUCCGUGCGCUCCGGUAUCCCCGAGAUCGGGAUACUAUUACGCCUGGAGCGCGGUCCGACUUCUUCAGCUCUGACGAUAGGCGGUCCACCGUAGCUUCUAAAGUAGCAACGCUAUCCGAGCUCUGUCGAAGCGCCGUCGCGUUUAGCUAAGUCGUUCCUUAUAUCGGAGAUUGACGCUUCGAUGCUUUGCUUUAGAGACCAAAUUUCACUCCUAAUUGUAGCGGAGAUCUCCGAUAUGCGGUUGUCCACGACCUUCCGAACAUCAGACCUGAUUGUGUCUACUUCUGACCGCAGAGAUGCUACGGCGGCUACGACAGGGCCGUGGUUUUCGGUCUACCCAAUCCUUGAAUGAACGUCUUCUCCCGAGCACCGCCUCAUUUUCCCCCACCACCCACAAUACAUUGGUGUGGCGCGUUGUCGUCAUGGUAACGAGCGCAACCGGUCGCCUUGACCGGUGACACGUUCUCUCCAACAGUGUUUGAUUUGACAAGAUAAAGCCCAGUGAUCGUAAAAGACGCCAUGCGGUGGUGUCAGAAGACAUGUCGUGUAGUGUCGCCAUUGUCUGACCGACAUACGGCAAGAUUUUGCGGCAGUAGUCUGACAACGUGCAAUCGGGAAAGAGCAAAUUUGUCUUGUCGUCUGAUCCGGGCAUACGAGAGAAUAAGGACAAAAAAACCAAGCUAGAGAACUUUUUUCUUAAUUUAUUCAGCAAACAGAACAUACAAACACAAUCGCCAACGUAUACAAGCAGUGGCAAAAAGGCAGAUGAUCGUAUUAGAAAAAUACAAAAAGUUGAAUUGCUUUCGCAGCGUCGUCGUCUUUUUCUUUAGGCUUCGCCACAGCGCGUCAUCCUUUUCCACGUAAGCUUAUCUCUUGCAUCCUCCUCUCGAACACCUACUGCCCUCACGCCAUCCAUCAACCUUCUCUUUGCUCUUCCUCGAGCGGCUCUCUUGCCUGGCAGCUCCAUCCUCAUCACCCUUGUACCAAUAUACUCGCUCUUUCUCCAUCCAAGUCUGCUCUCUGUAACUUUGUCUCCAAAACAUCGAACCUCGGCCGUCCCUCUGAUGAGCUCAUUUCUAAUCCUCUCCAACCUGAACCUCAACAUCUUCAUGUGCUCUGCUUCCUGGCACAUAUCUUCAUUCCUCUCCUUUCCAGUGCAUGCAUCCACCUUUCUAAAUUAUUAUUAUUAUUAUUAUUAUUAUUCUAGUGAUUUGUUGUUUUGUUUUUUGAUUUGCCGUUGUGUUUAGUUAGUUGUUGUUGCGAUGAGUUGUUUGCUGUUGAUUUUAAUUUUCCAUUGUUUGGUGUAUAUUGUUUGCUGCUUGCCAUUUGUGUUUCGUGUUUUGCCCUUCAGGGCGACCGUAGUUACGUCAUCAAUACUCGCCGUCGCGCGAUGAAGCCAGUUUUCCGAAUGCCCUUGAAACAGGGCUGUCAUCUGCGAUGUUCGAAAGGAAGCUCCAUUCCAACAAAGAUUAAGGAAAGGUGGCUUAAAGGUUAGGAGAUUGGACUUUCCGAAGAGGCCCACGGACAGUUCGCAAACCGCCGAUGCAGGAAGAAGUCGUGUCCGCUCUCCAGUCCGCUAGUCGGCGCUCAUGCCCGCGAAUGCAGUUUGCCAGCCGCCAUUCAAACGCAUCAAGAAGGAGACGAGCACGGAUCCCCCGAGCGGACAUUUAGCUUUAGCUUUAGCAUCGGUUUGUUGUUCGUGUUGCUUGGCCGGCUCUACUUCACCAAAACUAAAGUGCGCGAGAACCAGCACCGUCAGUCGCUUUCGCGUCGGUCGUCGUUCGCUCCCUCGCGCGGUGAAGCAUGUUCCGCGGUCGGCCUCCGCCGCGGGGCUUUUACCGGCCGCCUUUCGAGGCCCGCGGCCCGCACCCGUCAGCGGGCCACAGAGAUGACAGGAUGCGGGCCAGAUCGCCUUACCGCCCGGGGUACCAUCAGCGCGGACCCCCUGACUUCCGUCGCUCUCCGCCGCACCGCGGCUACUAUCAUCCCGCCCCAGGAGGACACCGAGGCGGCCAGCACCGCCCCGCCGCUCCGCUCAGGGAGAGGUCUCCGUCGUCUCCUCGCCCUCGCCUUCCCAUCGACCACAAACUGGUCAUCACGGUCGGCAACGAGCUGACGAGCUCCGCACCGCCGCGUCAUGGCGACAGAGACCGAAGUCCGGUCCGGAGUCGCGGACGCAGCAGGAGUCAGGCGCGGAGCAAGAGCCGCCAUCGGAGCCGGGGUCGCAGUAAGUCCGGGACCAGGUCCAGAUCCAGAUCCAGAUCCAGAUCUAGAUCUAGAGGGCGCAGUCGGGGACGGGCGUCCAGCAGGGGGCCGAGCCGGGCCUCCAGUCGCAGCAGGAGGCCCAGUCGCAGCGGCUCCAGCGGCAGCGAGCGGUCCUGCUACACGAAAACGUUCGACGAGCUCAACGUGGCGCGACGGAGGAAGGAGCUGGAAGACUUGUUGUGUCUGCCCACCAAGUCCAUCCUGAAGAAACGCUCGGACUACGACCACUCUCCUUCAGUCAGGAGUUCCGACUCCGGCCUGUCUCACGUGGCGGAGGAGCUGCUGCGGGCCGUCAAAGGGAUGGAGCCGGCCGCCGUGGCGUCCGUAUUGACCGAACUGCGGUCCGACACGCAGAUGUCGCAGCGAGCAGAUCUCAACGCAGAAAUCAAGGAGAUCCUAAACUUGCUGGACCCGGUCGCAGACCUACGAGCGAAGAGUCCGGCGGGCGACAUCGACGACGAGGAGAAGUUCCUGUACGGAGACUCAGAGGAACCCAAGACACCGCUUCUAUCCCAGCCACUCCAAAACCACACGUUCGAUCUCUACGGGGAUGUAACGGAGGAGGUUCUGUAUGGAGAUCAACUAGCCCGGGCCGCCGCUCCCGCGUACGCUGUCCCUGCGGUGGUUUCACCGGCCACCGCUGGCGAGGUCCACACGGACUGGCCCCCCUCGGUUUCCACCUCGGUUCCCCACGACGCGGCGCAGGCUUCGACUCCCGUACCCCCGCCGGAGGAGGAGAGCGAUCAGCAGGCACUGGACGACUACCAGAAGCUCCAGAACCUGUUGAAGACCAUCGGCUUGGACCUGGGUGUGACGGAGAUCAGCAAGUUGGCCGCCAGGACCAAGGAGCGCCUGCACGGAAAUAAGCCCCCGAACGCCCCCAAGACGCCCAAGCGGCGCGCGCGCUACUCAUCCGGCAGCUCGGACGACGGGCGCAGGAGGCACAGCAGCGGCAGCAGCAGCUCAGACGACGACAAACGGGCCCGCAGCGCCGGGCGGGCCCGGAGCUGGAAGACAGAUGGCGGAGGUGCGGACAGCUGGAGCAAAGAGGGCGGCUGCGGAAGCAGCGCUGCUACCGGCGAGGUGUCGCUGCAAACGGCGGCGCUCGAGGCCGCGGCCCCUCCCUCCACGGCGCCCGUCCCCUCGGCCGUGUCCGUCCAGCCCUCCUACCCGUCGUCACACACGCACGGCAUGAUGCCGCCUAGCUACCCGCCGCCGGGCUACGGCCAAUACGGGAACUUCCUGCCCUACGCGCACUCGCAGUGGCCGCCCGUGUACCCGCCCCCUGGCGUGCCGCUGCCCCUGCAGACGUCCGGCGCCAACAACUUCCCGCUCUCUCUGCCCUACAACCAACCUGACGGCCAGCUGCCUCCGGAGCCUCAGGUCAAAGGUGCUCUCAAAUCUUCUUGGCUCACUGGGACAGGACCGGUCUCCAGUCAGGUGUCGGAGCAGGAGAACAACGAAAGCCAGAAGCAGAAGGUUCUGGAGGAGCGGGAGACUCUGAGGCAGGAGCGAGAGCAGCGCAUGAAGAAGAAGGAGUACCUCAUGAAAGAACUGGAGCGGCUCCGGAAACAACAAGGUGAGCUGCUGAGGAAGAAACGCCGUGAGAAAGACGGUCACAAAGACCCCCUCCUGCAGGAGAUCAGCUUGCUGCAGGAAGACGUCAUGAUGCAGAUCUCCAAUCUGCGGAAGGAGCACGAGGCGGCCGAGAGGAAGCGCAGCGAGAUUGACAAGGUGGCGCUCAUCUUGGGGCUCGGACCCGCCGACCGUGCCCGUGCAACACCCCAGGCGACGAAAGACUCCGUGGCGGCCAGGCCCCGCAAAAGUAGACCCCGCGCGGAGCACAGUCCUGAGCGCCAACAAGAUGGUGGCGGCAGCGGCAGCAGCAGCAGCAUCAUCAGUAGCAGCAGUAGCAGUGGCGCCAGCAGCAGCAUGCCCAUGAAGCAGAACAUCUCGGAACCGAACCAGCCGCCGGACAUUUCCCCGACUCCGCCCCCUGAGCCGUUUGAGUACUACGAUGCUGGAAACCAUUGGUGCAAAAACUGUAACCUCACCUCGGGCUCCAUGUUUGAUUUCUUUACUCACUUGCACAGCAAAACCCACCGGAAGACUUUGGACCCCUACGAGCGUCCGUGGGCCCUGUUGCCGAGCAAAAUGGCAAAGACAUCGCAGACAGAAGAGAAACAGACGAAACCGGCUAAAGGUUCUGAGUUCUUAGUUCCUGUGCGAGGAUUUUUCUGUCUGCUGUGUGAAAUGUUCUUCGGAGACGCCAUCUGUGCAGAGGAGCACGUCACCACUCACUGUCACAAUAACCAGUACAAGAAAAAAAUGUACAAGAACCCACUGUACGAGCAGAGGAGGAACCUGGACCGCCAAGCUGGGCUGGCCUCCAACCCCUCAGGGAAAAAACGCAAACAUGAGGAAGACAAGGUUGACAAAACAAAAGGAAAAAAGGAGAGAAAAGACGGAAAGGACUUUGGCACAGAAGAUGCCUCGUCGAAAGCUGUAAAAGAGGAAGAGAAACCAAAAGCAUCGAAGAAAGAUGAUGAUCUUAAAAAUACAAAGACUUUUUACCCAAGGAAAGAGGAGGACGAAAAGUUAAAAUACAAGAAGAGUGACAAGUACCGUUGGAGCACAGAGGAAGAGGAGAGGCUGAAUUGGAGGAGAGAUGAGGAAGAGCGACACAAACAAAGCCAAGAAGGACGCCAUUAUCGACAUCACAGACAGGAAGAGAAUCCAUAUGAGCACCCGCCACGACAUGAUGACAGACACAAAUUAGACAAACAUGAGCGUGAACGAGAAAACUCAGAGAAGGACCUACAAGGUGUCAGCAAGCAGCUGGAAGGUGUGGUCAAGCCCUACGACCCACCCAAAAUCUUCUGUGGACCAAGUCCAGCCAUGAGAGCCAAACUCCUCAAACAGAGCCCGGACGCAGCAAGACUGGCACCGGCCUUCGGAAAGUUCACCUGGAAGAAACGGGAGAGUCAGCUGGCCAAAGACGCCCAGAAAGCUGCUGCUGAGUUCAUCAAGGAAGACGAAAAAGCUGCCAAAGACGCAAAUGUUCCCAUAGACGACUCCUUUGCAAAGUCCAUGGCCUUCGCCAAGGAGAUUGCUCAGAAGUUGUCUGUCACAAGCAGCUCACCUGCGCCGUGGGUGUCAAGUGGCACCAACCGGUCACGGAUGCACACCAACUUUGCAGCCCCUGUCACAGCACUAAAGAAAAUGUACACUGUGGGAAACCCUGCACCUCUGAAUACCGUCCCCUUCGCACCCCCUCAGGGCUCAGGUAGAAUACUGCCACCUUCAGGAGAUGGACCCAUUUUUCCUUCUCUCAAGAAAUUGCCAGAAACUAAGCAGGAUAUUCCGAACACAACGACCUCUAAGCCAGAGAAGAGGCCUGGCCAACCUGUGUCUCAGUCAGUUCAACAGUUGUCUGGUCCUGGUCCGUCAGUAUCCAGAGCAGCCUCACAUGUGUCACGUCCUACCCUUGCAGUUGUCAGACCAGCUCCAGCUGUGUCAACUCCUACCCUGGAAGUUGUUAGACCAGACCUAUCUAUGUUAAGUCCUACCGUGGCUGUAGUUAGACCUGCUCCACCAUUGUUCCAUUCUGCCCCAUCAGGCCAGAGAUCAUCUUUACCUGUGUCAAGUCCACCCUCGUCGGUUCGGAGAGCACCUCCACCCGUGUUUCCGUUGCCGUCCAGCCACGCUCCACCACCAUCCAGGGUCGUGGUGAACCCGGCUCCUGAAGUAUCGCGACCUGUCCAGUCAGUUGUUGAAGCAGAAAUGGUGGACAUGGAGCCAGAUGUGGCGGCUCCUGGUGUUCCAGAGAGUGAGCAGACUCACACAGUGUUUGUUAAACCUCCACCAUUCUUCAGCAUGGUGGAUGGAGGUCAGAGGUCUGACAAACCAAAAAGUAACCUGGCUGCAGCUAAAGCCCAGGACUUAUUUGGUAUCUUCUACAGCUGUAAGGACAAACCAGGACCCUUAUCCUUGGCAAAGUCAACUCCAGCAGACAUAAGUGAGACUCUUAAAGGUCCAUGUGUACCCCACCUUACAGCCCAACUUUCAAACACAUCUCCGCUGCCAAAUCCUGAACUAGCGUCAAACCCCCAAUCCCAGCCCCAGUUAGAUCUUCAGAUUGAAUCAGUUUGGUCUUUGCAGAGCAGCACCGAGCGAGCACCUGAGGGCGCUCUGGUCAACAGUUCUGUUGAAAGUCGACAUGAAGAGCGUCCUGAAAGCACAUCAGCACACGCAUCGCAAACUCAGCAGGUCAAAACUUGUGAACCCAAACCACUUGAUGAAAACCCUCUCGGGGGCCUUCCGGAACCACUCCAAGAAACGCCUCCACCGACACCGACGGAGCCCAAAUCGACUACUGGUCCUAGAGCACGAGGGAAAAAUGCUCAAAAGAGAACUCCUCCCGCCUCCCAUGUGCCUGUCCGACAAACCCGAUCCCAAACCAGAUCCCAGAACAGGCAGCAUCUUCCAGAGCUUACUCCAGGAGAUGCUGACCGGAAGCUCUCUGAGUUUCCAGGAGGUGCUGACCGGAAGCUCUCGGAGUCUCCAGGAGGUGCUGACCGGAAGCUCUCGCAGUCUCCAGGAGGUUCUGACCGGAAGCUCUCCCAGUCUCCAGGGGAUGCUGAGCGGAAGCUCUCAGAGUCGUCACAUGGUUGCUCUGGGAUUCCUCAAGGUGACGGAACAGCACAAUUAACAGCUGACAAUCUCCACUCUUCCGGACUCGUGGCUGAUUUGGAUCUCGAGUAGGUGGAGAUGUGAGGUAGCCUCCUUUUUAAGGUUCUAAACCUUAGCAACGUAUCAAUAAUGGAUGGUUUGUUUUAGAACAUUCUUUUGUUUUUGAUCUGAGAUUCCAUGAAAGACUUGGAUAACAUUUUCUUCUCUGUUAUACAGGGAUUGGUCCAGUACCUACAGAGACUCAAAUCACAAUUUUCUUUGUUUAAAAAAACCAAAACCUUUGUCAUUCCAUGGUUACAAACUGAUUUUUCCCACCCCUCAUAUCUUUUCCUGGCUGAACAUUUGUGAGGUCACAUACGCUUGACUUUUUUCUUUUUUGAUUCCACUCGGUCGAUCUGCUUAGACUAGAUUCGUCCGAGUGGUCUUCCUCUUUGGAGAACCUUGAAGGACGGACUGGGACUGGCACACUUAGCUCAGUGAGUGUAUGGAAUGUGUUUCCCUUUGCUUGUCUUGUUCAAGAUGUUUUAUUAAAAAUUACUUUGGGUCAAAU